AUGGGGCAGGCCAAGAACGCUCUCCAAACUUUCAUCGCCGGCAUUCCAGAUGACAAGCUGUCGGGCUUCAAAAAUGUGAUUUAUGCAUUGUACAAGGAUCUAAACUUCACUUUGGUCCAUGAAAUACCAACAACUAGCCAUCCCGGUGAAUACCACGACAUUUACGUUGAGGGAAACAUCGACUCGGCGCUGAGAAAACAGAACAUUCGUGUGGCAAGGGCACUGGUUCCCACCGACGGAUCAUGGAGUCCCCAGCAGAUCCGACAGGCGCUUCUAUCAAAUGCGGCCAGAUGA